AUGGAUCCUGAAAAAUCAAUAGAGGAACAAUUCUCUAAGCUACAUCCUUCAUUGCCGGUAAACACCAGAAUCGGAAUAGUAGGUGCCGGUCCAAGUGGCAUAUCAGCUGCCUAUGCAUUGGCAAGGCUUGGUUACAAUAAUAUCACUGUCUUGGAGAAACACCAUGCAGUUGGUGGCAUGUGUGAAUCAGUAGAAAUUGAAGGAAAAGUUUAUGACCUGGGUGGGCAAGUUCUGGCCGCAAGCAGUGCUCCUGUAAUCUUUCACUUGGCAAAAGAGACGGGUUCUGCACUCGAAGAAUUGGACUCCCACAAGCUUGCUGUUAUCGACACUUCCUCGGGAAAAUACCAAGAUAUUAAAGUUGCUGAUGAUUAUGUAUCUGUUAUUUCACUCACAUUGAAAAUCCAAGAAAAGGUGGAGAAUUCCGGUCGCUUUGGGAUCCAUGCUGUCAGUGAAGUUGCGGCAGACUUAACUCCGGAAUAUCUUGAGCGUCAUGGACUCAAAUCAGUUCCUAAAUCUGUUGCAUUUAGUUAUACUGCUUCCGGAUAUGGAUUCAUACAAGACAUGCCUUAUGCCUACAUUCAUGAAUUUACCAGAACAUCCAUGGCUGGAAAGAUUCGACGAUUUAAAGGUGGAUAUACCAGUCUUUGGCAGAAGAUUGCUGAAUCACUUCCUAUAAAACUUCACUGUAACACUGAAGUUUUGGCAAUAAGGCGUAACUCUGACAGUGUCACUAUUAAUGUUAAAAGCUCAACUGAAGUUGAAACUCUGGAGUUUGAUAAGAUUGUAGUCUCGGGUAACUUUCCAUUAAAAUAUGGAAGAACUUACAGAUCAGAACCUUCAACUUGCAUAGAUUGUGAAGCUGAGGUGAUGGAUGCUAGUGACAUUGAAAAGGAGUUAUUCAGCAAAGUAGAGACAAAUGACUACUACACCACUGUUUUUAAGAUCAAAGGGCUAGAUCAUAUGCCAGUUGGAUUUUAUUAUUUUAAUGAGUAUAUGGAAGAUCCGAGUACGAUCGGAAAUCCAGUUGCCAUGCAGAAGUUUUACGCCGACUCUGAUAUAUUCUUGUUCUGGUCUUACGGAAACUCCUUUGAUAUUAAAGGGCCAACUAUCACUGAGCUAGCAAUCAAGGCAAUAGAAGCAGUGGGAGGAGAAGUUGAGAGCUUCAUACUUCAGCGCCGCUUUAAGUAUUUUCCUCAUGUUAGCAGCCAAGAUAUGAAAAACGGGUUCUAUGAAAAGUUGGAAUCAGAGCUCCAAGGUUCAAGGAAUACAUAUUAUGUCGGUGGACUUAUGGCAUUUGAGCUCACAGAGAGAAAUUCUUCAUAUGCCAUGGCUCUUAUGUGCAAGAACUUUGCAAAUAGCAGUGAUUUGCCAGUGUUUCCUUACACUAAGAGUUUGUUUCCUUUGCAAACCAAGUUUCAGAGAAAGGAACCUAAAGAACUAGCUGAAUUGCCCGGUGUAGAAUUUCCCAACUUGCCUACUUUGAAUAGCUAUUUAAAGCACUGGGGAACUCAUGGAGUCACUCAAGACAGAACCCUUUAUAGUUGGAUAAAUGAAGAAGGGAUAGUGAUAGGUAAGAGGACAUAUAGGGAGCAACAUUUAAGAACUUCUUGCAUUGCAAGUAAGCUCUUAAAAAGCCAAAAGCCCGUUAUCAAACCUGGUGACAAGGUUCUUCUAGUCUAUGUUCCCGGCCUAGAUUUCAUUGAUGCAUUCUUUGGAUGCCUAAGAGCUAAAGUUAUACCAGUUCCGGUUCUUCCCCCAGAUCCCAUGCAAAGAGGUGGACAAGCACUUUUAAAAAUUGAGAACAUUGCCAAAUCAUGUGGCAUAGGGGCAAUUUUAUCAACAGUAGCUUAUCACUCAGCAGUCCGUGCAGGUUUAGUGAAAAAUUUCAUCACAUUGAAAAAUGGGAAAUCCUCAGGUCGGUGGCCAAGUCUUCCGUGGCUGUACACUGAUACUUGGGUCUAUAACUCAAGAAGUUCUUCUAUGGAGGAUCAAUAUAAUGAUCAGCGUGAAUCUCAGCCUGGUGAUAUAUGUUUCUUGCAGUUUACUUCAGGCUCAACCGGUGAUGCUAAAGGAGUCAUGAUCACUCAUGGAGGACUGAUUCACAACGUUAAGCUGAUGCAAAGUAGGUACAAGAGCACCUCGAGGACAGUACUAGUGAGUUGGCUUCCUCAGUAUCAUGACAUGGGGCUGAUUGGAGGACUUUUUACAGCUCUUGUCAGCGGUGGAACUGCGCUUCUGUUUUCACCAAUGACAUUCAUCAAGAAACCACUCUUAUGGAUAGAAACCAUGAGCAAGUAUCAAGCAACUCACAGUGCUGGACCUAACUUUGCUUUUGAGUUAGUCAUCCGAAGAUUAGAGUCUACUGACAAGGAUAAACUUCAGAAUCUAGACCUUUCAUCCAUGAUUUUUCUUAUGGUUGCUGCUGAACCAGUGAGACAGAAGACAUUGAAAAGAUUUCUUGAGCUAACCGGUCCCUAUGGCUUGUCUCAGAAAGCGAUGGCUCCUGGAUAUGGCUUAGCAGAGAAUUGUGUGUUUGUCAGUUGUGCAUUUGGAGAAGGAAGUCCUAUUCUUGUUGACUGGCAAGGACGAGUUUGUUGCGGAUAUAUUCAUCAGGGGAAUGCAGACAUUGACAUCAGAAUUGUUGAUCCAGAUGGCAGUGAAGAGCUUCAGGAAGAGGGAAAGGAAGGUGAAAUCUGGAUCAGUAGUCCAAGUGCAGGAAUAGGAUACUGGGGGAAGGAAGAAUUGAGUCAGAAAACUUUUCAAAAUCAGCUUCCGAACCAUCCUGGACGUGUCUACACAAGAACUGGAGACUUGGGGAGGAUAAUAGAUGGAAAAUUAUUCAUCACUGGAAGAAUCAAGGAUCUUAUCAUUGUUGCUGGAAGAAAUAUCUAUUCCUCGGAUGUUGAAAAGACAGUCGAAAAUUCGUCUGAAUUUCUUCGUCCGGGAUGCUGUGCUGUCAUUGGUGUCCCUGAAGAAACUUUAUCGGCAAAAGGGAUUUCCUUGCCGGAUGGUUCUGAUCAGGUUGGCUUGGUUGUGAUUGCAGAACUAAGGGAUGGUAAACCAGUUAGCAAAGAUGUGGUUGAAGAUAUUCAGGCACGCGUGGCCGAAGAACAUGGAGUGAAUGUUGCUUCUGUCAAGUUGAUCAAGCCUAGAACCAUCAGCAAAACAACAUCAGGAAAAAUUAAAAGAUUUGAAUGUCUCAAACAGUUUGCAGAUGGAACACUGAAUUUGGUACCACAACCCGUUCUGACAAAGAAAACACUGGUAAGGUCAUUCACUACAGGAACAUGUCAAGAAGGAAGGACACCCCGUGCGCGGCUAGCGAAAAGUGCAUCUCUAAGUAGUCCAAGAAUCAGUACCAAGGAAAUUCUGGAGUUCUUGAAAAAGCUUAUUUCUGAGCAAGCUGGAAUCUCGGUAAGCAAAAUAUCUGUCACAGACAACAUGUCAACCUAUGGAAUUGAUUCCAUUGGUGUGGUGAAAGCAACUCAAAAACUCUCUGAUUUCCUCGGAGUUCCAGUUGCAGCUAUAGACGUUUUCAGUGCAUCCUGCAUUCAAGAAUUGGCCAACUUCUCAGAGAAUCUUCUGUUGAAGUCUCAACCUCACCAUACGAGCAAUCCAUCCUUUGCUCCAGAAGAUGAAACCGAAUCUACUGAAUUUGUCGUGGAUGUGUCCAAGUCGCAUCAAUGGAGUAUAUAUGGACUUCAAUCUUUAGCACUUGUUUUCAUGUCUAUCCUUUUGGUUUCUCCUGCUUAUCUAUCCAUCACUACUUUUCAAAGUCUCAUCGCAAGUGUUGAUAAGUCAGCGUACGGAAUUCCUUGGUCAAACUAUCUAAUUUCCCUUGCUUUGGCUCCACUUUCUUGGAUCCUUUGCAUUGCUUCUACAUGCAUUUGCAUUUCAUUUUUCGGAAACUCUUUCUUGAGGCCAAAUUAUGCUCUUACUCCUGAAAUAUCCAUAUACUCAAUGGCCUUUGUCAAGUGGUGGGCACUUUAUAAAAGCCAGGAAAUUUCAUCCAAAGUUCUGGCCACACACCUCAAAGGAACUGUGUUUCUGAAGUACUGGUUUGAGAUACUUGGCGCAAGAAUUGGAUCCUCAGUUUUGCUUGACACAGUCGACAUCACAGACCCGUCGCUGGUUUCAAUUGGAGAUGAAGCUGUCAUUUCUGAAGGGGUUCUGGUUCAAAGCCAUGAGGUUAAGAAUGGAAUUCUAAGUCUCCAUCCUAUUAGGAUCGGCCGGAAUUCUUCCAUUGGACCUUAUGCUGUUAUUCAAAAAGGAAGUGUUGUUAAAGAAGGAGCUGAGAUACAACCACUACAAAAGGUUGAAGGGGGGCAACAUGUGCUCAAGCCUACAAAGUUUAAUAAUGUUAAAGAGAAUGCAGUGUUGCUUGUUACUACCAAUAAAACUGAGUCUGAAACUAUAUACCACUUUCUGGGGAUUUACCUUGUUGGCUUCCUUAGUUCCCUUGCUGCAGCUAUUACUUACUUCAUGUAUACAUGGUUCUUCCAAAAACCCGUUUCAUUCCAAAGUUUUUCAUUUGUGUGCGUAUGUGGAGCCUUCCAUUGGAUACCAUUCACUAUUACUGCCUAUGCUACAAUGUUUUCUAAUGUACCAUCAAAUGCCAUUACCUUUGCCAUUUCAUUUGCAUGUGCAUACUUGCUUCAUGGUCUCAUACUAACCUCUCUCACCUGUUCUUUGACUCGUUUACUGAAAAGUCAAAAUCAAACUCACUUCAAAACUUGGCUCCAAAACCAACUGACCCUUUCCUGCCACCUCAGAUUUGCAAAGCUUCUCUCAGGAACAGAACUCUUCUGCAUAUACUUACGCCUUCUAGGUGCAAAAAUUGGCAAGCAUUGUUCCAUUAGAGCCAUUAAUCCAGUUUCAAACUCUGAGUUAAUGUCAAUUGGUGAUGGUGUUCAUCUUGGUGACUUUAGCCGCAUAAUCACUGGUUUCAAUUAUUCCAAUGGAUAUGCUUGUGGAAAAAUAGAGGUUCAAGAUAAUUCAGUUGUAGGUAGUCAAAGCAUAAUUCUCCCUGGUUCUCUUGUUGAAAAGAAUGUCAUUCUAGGUGCACUUUCUGUUGCUCCAAUGAACUCUAUACUCCAUGAAGGUAGUGUUUACAUCGGAUCUCAAACCCGAGUUACAACGAGGAACUCAGGAAGUGCAAAUUUUGAUGAAAGAAUUGAGGAGAUGGACAUGGACUACAAGAAAAUAGUUGCGAAUUUGGCUGCAAAUCUAGCUGCAACAACUAUGAAUGCUAAAGCGAGAUAUUUCCAUCGCAUCGGUGUUGGUGGAAAAGGGCAAUUGAAAAUAUACGACAAACUUGAAGGUGUUCCAAUGCACAAGAUUUUUCACCCUGGCAAAAGCUACCCUAUCUUAGUAAGACAUAGUAAUAGCUUGAGUGCUGAUGAUGAUGCAAGAAUCGAUGCACGUGGUGCUGCAUUGAGGAUACUUUCUGAUGAAGAACCUGCUACAGGCUCUUCUGAUUCUCCUCCUCCUACUCUCAUUGACUUAACACUGAAAACAGGAAAUGCAUUUUAUGCUCGAACACUUUCUGAUUUUGCCAGCUGGCUUGUGUGUGGACUUGCUGCAAGGGAAGAACUAGUAAAGGGUGCUCCACAUGUCCGUGAAGCAGUGUGGAGUUCCCUUAGACACGCCGAUUCAUAUGCCGAAUUGCAUUACUUUUCAAACUAUUGCAGGCUCAUGCGGUUCGAAGACGGACAACAAAUGUAUGUGAAAUUCAAGUUAAGGCCAUAUGACACAAGCAUCAAUGAAGACAGAGGUAAAGUUAUUCCAACAGGGAUUCUUCCACCCGAGACAGGUGCGAUUCCUAGAGACGAAAAUGAUUCACGUCCUUUGCUUUUCCUUGCUAACGAUUUUCAAAACCGUGUUAGUUCCUCAAAUGGAGUUUGUUAUGUUUUCCAAAUUCAACUAAGACCAGUUCCAGACAACGAACAAGCCCGCGAGAUUGCAUUGGAUUGUUCUAAACCAUGGGACGAAAACCAAUUCCCUUUCAUUGAUGUUGGAGAGAUAAACAUCAAUGAGAAUCUCUCAAUGGAAGAAUCACAAAAGCUUGAGUUCAAUCCAUAUCUUAAAAGCAAUGAAUUGGAUGUGAUUUCAGCUACUUCCAACACACAAAGUGCUUCAAUCGAUCACGGCCGUUCAUUAAUCUACGAGAUUUGUCAGCAUGUCCGCAACAGACAACCACUCCAAGAAGCUUGGAGAAACCUCGUACAACAAUCCAAUGUCAAGGUUGACCUGUCCUGCUGUCCAAUAGCAUCAUCACCACCACCAUUGCCUGAAAAAGAACCAUUACUGAAAAACAAAACUCCACAAAAAUUAACAUUAAGAAGAACAUGGUACCAAACAUUCUCAGCACUCUUCAUUCAGCCAUUUCUACAAACAGCUUUACCUCACAUGGUAAUUGGUCUAUCCAUUUACCUUCCUCUGAACAUGGUUGUUUAUUUUAAGGAUGCCAAGAAACUUCCACUCCAUUGGCUACUUCCAUUCUUCUGGAUUCUCUCAGGUCUCAUAUCUGCAUUAUCAUGUGUUAUAGCAAAAAGGGUUCUUGUAGGAAAAAGGAAAAGUGGUGAAACAAUCCCAAUAUGGAGCAAAAGAAUCAUAAUGGACACAACAUGGCAAGCUAUUAGAACAUUGGUUGGUGAUUACUUCAUGGAUAUGACAAAUGGGUCAUUUAUAUUUGUGAUUUGGAUGAAAAUGAUGGGUGCAGAGAUUGACAUGGAUGGUGGUACUUAUGUGGAUAGCAAUGGAGCAAUGUUGAAUCCUGAAAUGGUGAAGAUUGAGAGAGGGGGUUGUGUGGGAAGGGAGGCAUUGUUGUUUGGACAUAUAUAUGAAGGUGAAGAAGGUGGAAUGGUGAAAUAUGGAGAGAUUAAGAUUGGGGAAGAUGGGUUUGUGGGGAGUAGAAGUGUGGUUAUGCCUGGUGUGGAAGUUGAGAGUGAUGGAAGUCUUGCUGCUUUGUGUCUUGCUAUGAAAGGAGAAAUUGUUAGGUCAAGAUAG